CAAGUAUGAAGACAAGUGGGUAUCAAUGUGCUGAUAAUAGCUCGAUUAUGCAGCCGCUCGGGCAACAGUCUUCCAAGAAGAUAUGUUCAGCUCCGUCGUCCGGCCUCGUCCUUCCCAGCCUCCCACGCUAACAUACAGAAUCCAAUCCAGAUGCCUCGACCCUCGCGAGGUCUGGAUGCUCGCAAUGCCAGUUCUAACCAACCCACCGGCGAACGCCCUCGUAAUGCUGAUGCUGGUGCAAAUUCAACCCAGAAAGAGAGAAAGAGAAAAGACAAACGCCGCUCCUCGCCAAUAGGGAUUCCAUGGUACAGAUGGGUUCAUGUACAACAGGAACCCGUCAAAGA